GUUUUGUUUUGGUCGCAUUUUUGCGCUGUGAACUGUCGGCAUUUUUCCUUCCCGCAUCGUAAUUGAAAGUCGUGAAGCUCCACUGCAAAUUUCGCCGUUCCAGUUGGUUUGUACGUACAUACCGCGCCAGUUCCCCGUGGGGCAUGUCCAACCUGCAGCGUGUCAUGAUGAAGUCCCGUCUGCCGCCAAUGUGCCCGAACCCAAAGUUCCCCAAGCCCAAUGAUCGCGGCUUUCGCCGCACGACCGACUACAAUCCGGUCAUGUGGAGCGAGUACUUUGCCGAGCAGCGGGACGUCCAGACGGGCAAGGGAGUGUUUCGGGUUUAUUUGACCAAGCAGCCGGAGGAGACGGGUCCGCUGCUGGUGAUGUUGCACGGAGGUGGGUUCUCGGCGCUGUCGUGGGCCCAUUUUAGUGUUGAAAUUGCGAAGAUUAUCCACUGCCAGUGUUUGGCCAUUGAUAUUAGAGGUCACGGCGAUACGCAAACGGACAACGAGGAUGAUUUGUCCGCGGAGACGUUGGCACAGGACAUUGGCGACAUUCUGCAGACCAUGUACGGAGAGUCCUGUCCGCCGGUGCUGCUGGUUGGCCACUCGAUGGGUGGUGCGAUUUGCGUUCACGUCGCCAACAUGGACGUUGUUCCGGCCCUGAUUGGGGCUGUCGUGAUAGACGUGGUUGAAGGAACCGCCCUGGAGGCGCUGGCCAGCAUGCAAAGCUUCUUGCGCUCACGGCCUAACACCUUCAAGAGCAUUCAGCAUGCCAUUGAGUGGUGUGUGCGCAGCGGACAAAUUCGCAACAUCGAGUCGGCGCGCGUUUCAAUGCCCGGUCAGAUUGUCAACAUCGAAACGGGCAAGCUCUCCACCAACGAGCUCCCCCUACCGGAGGAAUCAACCGACGAGCCCACAAAGUUCAGCAAUCCGAACGCCAUCGCCGAGGACGCCGAGCUGCCCCCUCCAGCCGUCCCCACUCCCGUCCCGUCAGCCUCAGCCGCCGCCGCCGCCAGCGUCAAAAAGUACACCUGGCGCAUCGACCUGUCCAAGUCGGAAAAGUACUGGGAGGGCUGGUUCCAGGGCCUCAGCCAAAAGUUCCUCGACGUCAGAGUGCCCAAGCUGCUGCUCCUGGCCGGCAUCGACAAUCUGGACCGGGCGCUCACCGUCGGUCAAAUGCAGGGCAAGUUCCAGCUGCAGGUGCUGGCCCGCUGCGGUCACGCCGUCCACGAAGAUCGCCCGCACGAGGUGGCCGAGGUGAUCGGGACGUACUUACUGCGGAACAAGUUUGCCCAGCCGGCUGGCGAUGGGCAUUUUCUGAAGAAUAUGCCAAUGUGUUAGGCGUGAGGCGCAAAUAGCGAGGGCGAGAGGACCAUCACUAACUGCACUACUACAGAUUGUCGAGAUAAAGGGACUAUUUUCGGAUUUAUGUAAGUGUUUUUGUAUUAAAUCAAUCUCUCUUCAGGCAGAAACAGUCGAUAUCCAUCCGAGUGGCUGGUUAGUUACAGUUUUAAACGGCUCUUUUGAUUAAGUCAUUCAAAUGUAUAUUUAAUUUAUUCUGGAAACAAUUUCACAAUCAACAAAUGCACAA